AUGAAUUGGCCCUUCAACAUUUAUGCUGAUUACCAUAACAAUAGUGUAAUUCGACACCACUAUAAUUACACAGGGAAACUGAAACAGGACAGAUAUAAGGAUGGGCUCAAACCAGAAGCUAUCGCAUUUGUUCUUAUUUGCCUGCUUAUUGUUGUGGAAAACACAAUUGUAUUGGUGGCCAUCUGGAAGAACAAGAAGUUCCACCUGCCCAUGUAUUACUUACUAGGCAACCUGACUCUGUCGGAUCUGCUGGCCGGAUUCACAUACAUGGUCAAUAUUAUCAUGUCAGGGCGCAACACUCUUAAUUUGACCCCUCUGCUUUGGUUUCUGAGGGAGGGUGGAGUCUUCAUCACACUCGCCGCAUCAGUCAUCAGCCUGUUGGCCAUCGCCAUUGAGCGUCACAUCACUAUGGUGAAGAUGAAGCCCUAUCAUGGCACCAAGCGCAAACGCAUGUUUGCCUUGAUUGGUGCCAGCUGGGCGCUGGCCGUGUUGCUCGGUGUGCUGCCCAUCAUAGGCUGGAACUGCAUGGGGGAACUACAACUGUGCUCCACCGUGCUUCCACUCUAUGCCAAGAGCUACGUCCUGUUCUGCGUCACUGUCUUCAUUUUUAUCCUGCUGGCCAUUGUCGUGCUAUACGGGCACAUCUUUCACACAGUCAAGAGAAAUACGAAGAGGUUGGGCAGCCUACGGCGCAAGGGCUUGGCACGCCGCUCACAGCAGUACAUGGCCCUGCUAAAGACAGUUACCAUCGUCCUGGGAGUCUUCAUUGCCUGUUGGCUGCCGCUCUUCCUGCUCUUACUGCUGGACUUUGUAUGCCAAACUGGAACCUGCCCCAUCUUGUUCAAGGCGGACUACUUUCUGGGGGUGGCCAUGAUCAAUUCGCUGAUCAACCCAAUUAUAUACACACUGACAAGCAAGGACAUGCGCAAGGCCAUUAUUAAGCUUCUCUGUCGUCGCUGUUUGAUCAACGAAGAUGGUCAGGUAAAGAAGAUCGGAAUACCCUUCCUGGAGUGCAGCUUAAGCAAAGCUGAGACAGCCAUUCACCGUGGCCUUGAGACCACCAUCUCUUCUGGGAAUGGCACCUCCUCCCCAAUUCGAAUCAUCUCCCCAAAAAUCAAAGCUGUCAAACUGUAAAGACUGAUUGUAUCACCAGGUGCUGGAACAUGGUGCAAUUCCACCGGAGAUUGCCCGAAGCUACUAGCACCCUUUGAGAAUUAAACAAACACUUGAGCGUUCUCGGGACAAGCAGUCACAGGUAAAACGGGAGCUCUGAUAAGUUUCCUGCUCAAGUCUUUUGACAGAAGUCUAAAGGCAAACAGCGUGAGAAACUGCACUGGCAGCAUCCCGCCAACACAAAAAGUCGGAGCAUGCCCAAGUUCACACAUAUAAAGUGUAUCCCCUAUGGGACUGUAAAUGAAAUCUGGCAUCAGAUCUGUGGAGACUUGGAUUGAAAAAGGUGCUUAAAUUGUGAAUCAGGUAUGCUUAGACAUCAAAAUCAUGACAACCAUAACCUAGAGGUAAUAACACCUGAAGAUGGCACCUAAUGGGGGGCCAGAUUACUGUAAUGGACAUCCCAAAAUCGGACUGCUAUACAAACAUUGGCUUUAAACCUGUAUCACUGUUUAGAAAGCUCAGAUGACUUGAGUCACAACAGUUACAGUAUGCAGAGAGGAGAAUAAGCAGGUAGGCAGUAGGCGGUGUGUGAAUUAUGGGUUAAGUCCUGUGACAAAGCCAGAUGCAGGAACCUCCGCGGAAAAUCUAGGUUUAUAAAAAAAAAAAACACCUAUGGGAAUUUCUGAAGGUAGGCGGAGG